AUGUCGUAUUCCGCUCUGAAGAAGACGAAACGGCCGACGGUCACUGCUUUGUCUCAGUCUCUUGCUCGUCGUCAGCAAGAGGCUUAUGACAAGCAUGUCCGGCGCGCCGCCCGUUGCCCGAAGAACGCCCCUCCUCCCGCUCCCGCCCUUGGCCGUCCGGCUGCAAAGCACCGAAAGACUCCAGCUCCCGCCAGUUCUUUUCGCCCCAGGCCCAAGGCUCCUCCCCCUAUUGGCAACACCCUCGCAGUUCCCAAGACACGCAAGGUCAAGACGACUCCCGCGCCCCCCAGCCGUCCUGUCCCCGAGGUCAAGCCAACAGCUUACUCACGGCCCAAGUUGACCCAGAAGACGACCAGACAGAAGCCAACUUUUGUCCCUCCCAGUCGUCCAGCCCUCAAAGCCGCCUUCCCUACCGUUGGGGCUCUGAAGAUUCCCAAGAAACGCCAGGCUCUUGUUCCCGCCAGCCGGCCCACUGACCAGACGAAACCCGGCACGGAGACGAUUUUGACUUCUGCCAAGGCAAAGGGAUAG